AUGAUCGGUCACGGCGUUAGUCUUGUCAGCUUCGGCAACGAAUUCUUCAACCCUGUGAGUUUCCAUUUAACAUUCAAUUGAAAGAAAAAGUUGCUCGGAUUUUACUUUAUAGUCGAGCCUUAAAACUGGUUGUAUAAAGAAUUUUUGGCGUUUUCGAACGGCAGAAAAAAUAAUGCCUUAGCUUCGAAUUUGGGUGAUUAGCUUUCCCCAUAGUUUCAAUAAGUUCUUAAAAAUUUUCUUCAGCCUUGUGACAAAAAAUUUACAAAAAAUGAAAUGUUUCAGCAAACCCCGGUCAAUAUUCCAGUCAGAGGAUUCCAGGAAGGUUCCCGUCUUCGUCUGGUCCUUAUCCCCACUCAUGGACCUCGUUUCCAUGUAUUUUAAUCGUUUUUCUGAUUCAUCAAACAUUGUUUUAUUUUCAGGUGAACCUUCGCACUCCUGGCGACAUCGCCCUUCACUUCAACUCGCGAUUUGAUGUAGGGAAUGAUGCAAAGUCUUGCUCAUAGGGAUUAUAACCAUUAUCUCCGCUAUUUGAAGCAUCAAGAAACGAUUUUCGCGACAAUGGAGUGAUAAGACGCAAAGGAGAAGGCAAAUAACAAAGAACAGCUACAAAAGGAAAAUUCUGAUCACAAAAAAAAACUUUAAUUUGGGCUCGAUUCUUCUAUUUUUUUUAUUUGUUUAGUAUUGCAACAACACGACCUUACUAAAAUCCUCUGACCGGAGUUUGCUUUCUAUCUUAGGUUAACUGUGAAAGAAAUUAUGUAAAAUAUACAAAAGAUUAACGAACGGGCUCAGAGAGACCAAAGUAUUUUUUCAGGAGCAAGCCGUCGUUGCCAACUCGACCGUCGGCGGCGGCUGGCAGUCCGAGGACCGAUAUGCUCAGCCUUUCCAGCCUAACAAGAUCUACACUCUUGAGUUCCAGCGAUCAAAUGGACUCAUCCAUGUAAAUAUAAACACCUGCAAAUUUGUUUAAAAACGAAAAUUCGCAGAUCACUGUCAAUGGACACCCAUUCGCCACUUUUGUUGAAAGAAUCCCAGGACACGACGUGUCUUCCAUCGAAAUCGAAGGAGACGUUCAUGUUCACUCUGCCCACGUCACUCAUUAA